AUCAAGGCAAGCCUUAGAGAAAGCCUCAGAAAAGCUUCUGUCAUUUUACACAGACGUUUCAUUGACAUUAGAUGUUUGUGGCCUUGGAAAUUUUAGAAACAAUGUGGUAUUUGCUAAGGUUAAACAUGACCACCAAGUCUCUACUUUGAAAAAUGUUGCUGAAAUUGUGGAAGAAAGUUUCCUAGAACAGGAUAUUAUCUCCCCUGAUCAAAGAGGAUUUAAACCACACAUCACUAUUAUGAAAUUGUCUAGUGUCAAAGGCUCUAAAAAAAAAGGUCUGAAGAAGAUAGAUGAGAAAUUGUACAGUGAAUUUAUAGACACUAACUUUGGAUGUGAGAGUAUCCACACACUACAACUGUGUGCCAUGAUGAAACCAAAAGAUAAACUAGGAUAUUAUCAGGUUGAGCAUAAAGUCCAGUUUGCUAAAAUACCAGACAAUAAACUGGCAGAAUAUUGUCCAAAUACCACAGUUGAAAUAUCUGAUGGCAUUAAGACAGAUCCAGACCUGAAUGAUGAAGCAAAGACUUAUCCUGAAACAGAGAGUAUAAAUGUAGAAUCAGUUGAUAUUAUAACAGUUAAUAAUAAGAAAGAUUUAAAGGCUCUGUCAGAAGAUAAAAAUUUAUCAGAUGAUAGAUCAAGUGGAAAUGACAUAAAUAGUUAUAAUGAUAGUGCCAUAGAUUUGAGUGAAAAAAGUGAAUUAUCUCAUGAAGUUACACAAGAUAUUAUACCUAAAAAUGAUAGUGUAAUAUUAGAUAUAAGUGGAGACACUGACACAUCAAAAGAAGAAGUUUUAUUACCAAUGUCUGAUAAUGAUAGUGCCUUGGAUAUAAGUCUACAAACUGAAAGUGGUUCUAAUGAUAUCCCUGAAGAUGACAACGCUAUAAGAAAAGAUUUUAAAGCAAAUGAAGAAGUCUUAACAGAAAAAGCUUAAAAAACUAAGAUGUGUCUUAUCAGUGAUAUAUUGUUAAAGUGACAUGCUCAUUUUUUCGCUGUCGAGCAAUUUGAAUUAGUAAUAUAUUUCAAGAGAUUCCCUAUUAUAAUGGUGAUUUACCAAUUAAUUGAUAAUGUAAAUGUUACUGAUAAAAUAUAAAAACUACCUAAAUUAUGAAAAGACUGGCCCACUCUUUUUAUAUGCCCGAAAGGGCAUAUUAUGUUAUACCCCCUGGCGUCCAUCUGUCUGUCCAUCCGUCCGUCUGUUAGCAAUUUGGUUUCCUGAGCAUAACUUAAGUUCCAUUUGGCCCACAAUGUUCAAACUUCAUAGGAUGAUUGUCCAUAUUGGGUUGAAGACCCCUAUUGAUUUUGGGGUCAAAAGGUCAAAGGUCAAGGUCAAUAUUACCUUAAUACUGAAAACAGUUUCCGAAGCAUAAAUUAAGUUCCAUUUGGCCCACAAUAUUCAAACUUCAUAGGAUGAUUGUCCAUAUUGGGCAAAAGACCCCUAUUGAUUUUGGGGUCACUAGGUCAAAGGUCAAGGUCACAAUUACCUUAAAACAAAAAACAGUUUCAAGAGCAUAACUUAAGUUCCAUUUUGCCCACAAUAUUCAAACUUCAUAGUAUGAUUGUGCAUAUUGGAGAGAAGACCCCUAUUGAUUUUGGGUCACAAGGUCAAAGGCUAAGUCAUUUAUAACUUAAGUAUUAAUCAACCGCUGUAAAAUUUUAUAGGAUGAACAACUCAUUCCUAUGUCUUACAAAUGCUUCAUCCUUACUAAAAAAAAAACACUUUCGUGCAUAUA